UGACCGGCUGACUACAAUCAGGAUGUCGUUGGACCCAGAACCCAUUCUUCCUCCUGAACAACCUGUCAGACACAGCCACACCUUCUCCACACCUGCCAUCCUAUCAGAGCAGCCACAGGUGGCUAAGGCCCACUCCCCCAUUGCUUCUAAAAAUGGUCUCCAGCCUCCAACCAACAGAAAGCUCCUCCUUCAAGCCCCUCCUUCUCCUCCUCUGCUCAAUCAGAGGCUCGGGAAAAGACGGUACUCUGUGGGCGUCGGCUUUAAGGGUGUGGCCAAACUGCGUCGCCGUGCCAACAGUGAGUGCCAGGCGGAGCCAAUGCUACCAAGUCACUUCCUGUUAGGAGGGAACAUCUUUGACCCAUUGAACCUGAAUUCUCUGCUGGAUGAAGACGUGAACCGGGCAACCAAUCUGGAGACUCCAAAAUGCUCGCCCCUGCCGUCGCGCAGCAGAGACCCUGUAGAGAUCCUGGUUCCUCGUGACAUCACCGACCCUCUGAACCUUAAGGGUGAGGCUGAGGACGGGAAGGGUGCAGGAGUCCUAGUGACCUCCCUGAAGUCCAGGAGGAAGCACAGAUACAGACACCAUGGAAGAGGAGGGGAAGAGAAGGAGGGCACACCUGCCCGACUGUUCUCGUCCACAGCUGGACUCUCAGGGGGAAGCAUUUCAGCAUCUCCUCUGUCCUGUGAACUCAACACCGCCAUCACCUGCCGAGACGACGUGGCUCCACCACCUAUCCUCCCUCGGAGACACACCCACCCACUGCCAGGUUCAACGCAGAACUCUGGGAACAUUCGGAGGCGGAGGCGCACCACUUCAACCAAAUCUUCUGAUGUUGUUACUUACACUGGCACCAUGGCAACAUCAUCAACUUCAACCAAGUUUCAGACACCACUGGUGGGAGGAGCCAAGACUGGCAGGUGUGGGGAACCUCAGCUUUGGGCAGCUCGGACACUACGAAAGAAGGACAAACAACGUUACCAGUACGGGAACCACAGCCGUUUCUACGGUUACCAUGGUUUCUAUGGUGACCGGAAUCGAGGGCGGGUUGGUGCAGAGGAGGACUUGAGGCUCUGCCUCCUGGAAGCUGAUUGGUUCAAAGACAAGUCAGUGUUGGAUAUCGGUUGUGGUACCGGUCAUGUGACACUGGCUGUUGGCCUGAGGUUUAACCCCGCCCACAUCUUGGGGGUGGAGCUAGAUGAGAGACUGGUCCAUGCUGCCAGGCAAAACAUCAGGCACUUCCUGUCACAUGACCAGGUGGUGGAGGAGAGAGAGAGGAAGAGAGAAGAUCAGGGGGUGACGCAGGUGGUGCCCUUUCGCCCCUUCCCCCUGUCCUUCAGGGUGAGUCGAGGUCCCCUGUCGGCUCCACCCCUUUUCUGGUCUUUCUCCUCGACAACUUCUAGGUUCCCCAACAACGUCACUUUCAUCCAGGGUGACUAUGUGUCAGAGGGAGAGGUGUGGCCAGGGCAGGGUCGGUAUGAUGUCAUCAUAUGUCUGGGUGUGACCAAGUGGGUGCAUCUCCAGUCAGGUGACGGGGGCGUGACCAGAUUGUUCAAACGAGCCUAUCAGAGCCUGUCGCCGAGCGGAUUGUUCAUCCUGGAGCCGCAACCAUGGAGCAGCUACUGUCGUAGCAAGAGAGC